UGAGCCCGGUAGGUGGCUGCUUACGGGAGUUGGUGUGGAAUGUGGAGUCAUCGCCGAAGGAAGAAAGCUCGUCUCUUCUCUCGUCUUCUACCUCGCCUCUCCCUCUCAUCCCAAUUCCCCUCGAUCCCAUCCUCCGAACGUGAUUCAGGGCCGGGGGCAUAUCGCAUCAAGAAUCCAAGAUGCUCAUCGAAACGAUCAUCACCUUGGUGACCGAGUGCAUGAAGGCGCUGGAAUUCGUCGCAAGGCUGGAGAAGGCAUCAAGCGAGGUGAAGACCAAGUGCCAGGACCUCGCGGAACGCGUCCAGAUCCUGCGGGAUAUCCUGCCUGGGUACAUGUCGGCUGCGGCAGAAGACGAGGGGACGGCGGCGGCGCUGCGGGGGCUCGAGGCCGCCCUCCGCGGCGCGCUCCGGGCCGUCGAAUCCUGCGACCGGCAUGACCAGAGCGGCGCCGUGGUCGGCUUCGCCUUCGCCGCCGUCUCCGGCUUCGACCACCAGGAUCUCGCCAAGCUCGAGGCCGCCGAGGAGAAGAUCGAGCGAUGCAUCGGGGAUCUUAUGCUCGCCGUCCAAGCUCUUUCUGCCGCGGAUCGCCAUCCUCAAAUCAUCUGCUACAACGGUACUGAACGACCACCACGAGGAGCUGCGGCCUCAAGCAGGGGCACCUACGACGACGACGUCCGUCGGCGUGCCCUCCAGCGCGGACAUAUGCAGACGCCGGCGACAACCCCCACCGAGGCUACUAUUUCAGAUUCCAUUCGCCCUUCAGCUAAUCGCCGUGGGAAUCUGGCACCGGCGGCAAUAGGCCCGGCUACUCCUUCGGAUUCCAUUCGCCCUUCAGCUAAUCGUCCUGGGGAUCCAGCACCGGCGGCAAUAGGCCCGGCUACUCCUUCGGGUUCCAUUCGCCCUUCAGCUAAUCGUCCUGGGGAUCCAGCACCGGCGACAACAUGCCCGGCUUCUCCUUCGGGUUCCAUUCGCCCUUCAGCUAAUCGUCGUGGGGAUGCGACACCGGCGACAACAGGCCUGGCUACUCCUUCGGGUUCCAUUCGCCCUUCAGCUAAUCGUCGUGGGGAUCCGGCACCGGCGACAACAGGCCUGGCUACUCCUUCGGGUUCCAUUCGCCCUUCAGCUAAUCGUCGUGGGGAUCCGGCACCGGCGACAACAGGCCUGGCUACUCCUUCGGGUUCCAUUCGCCCUUCAGCUAAUCGUCGUGGGGAUCCGGCACCGGCGACAACAGGCCUGGCUACUCCUUCGGGUUCCAUUCGCCCUUCAGCUAAUCGUCGUGGGGAUCCGGCACCGGCGACAACAGGCCUGGCUACUCCUUCGGGUUCCAUCCGCCAAUUCGAUGAUCUGGGGCUGGCGACAACCGCCACCUAGGCUAUAUUUUAGGUUCCAUUUGGCCCCUCAGGUGAUCAUCGUGGGAAGCCGGGGCCAACGAUAACAACCACCCAUGCUGGUACGUCGAUUCUCUCUCGCCGUUCAAAUGAUCAUCAUGGGGAGCCAGGCUUGGCGAAAACAACCACCCACGAUGGGACUUCGAAUCUCCCUCAAUGUUCAACUGAUCAUCGUGGGGAGCCAUGCGUGGCCACAACAACCACCCACAUUGGUACUUCCAUUCUCUCUCAUCGUACAGCUGAUUAUCCUAGGGGGUGGUUGUUAGUGAGUCCAUUUGAUGAUGAAUGCUACUCCCUUUAUUCCUUAAAAGAUGUCAUAUUAGCUUUUAUUAAGACAAGGAUUUGACCACAAGUCACUAUGUCAAGGUGUGGUUUGUAUGACAUGAAAUUAGUAUCGCUAGAUUCGUUAUCAAAAGUAUUUCAUAAUACUUGUGGUUUCAUGUCAUAUAAAUCACACUUUAACGUAUUAAUUUGUGGUCAAGCCCUUGUCUUAAUAAAAGCUAAUAUGAUAUUUUUUAAGAAUCGGAGGAAGUAUGUAUUUCACAUGCAUGGUUCUGGCUGAUGGGAAAUGAGUUCCUUCCUGCUAGAUUCUGUCUUGUUACAAGGACAAUGAAUAUGCACACGGCAUUCCUUUACGAGUUACUCUGUCUCCUGCAUUUUUUGUGCGCAAAUCACCUAUAUAUUUUCGAAACUUAUAAGAUGACCCUAGAUGAUAAAUAUUAUCACCUGCAUUUUUCUCGAUAUCUAGGGAUGUAUGUGCCUUGCAGUACCAACUAACUAGUGUAUGGAAAUGUACAUGUAUUCAGGGAUGGAUGCAUGAUCAGCUUACAAGGGAGGCAAAAAUGGAAUAUUAAGGAUUGGAUGGGGCAAUUAAACAUACAUCUUACUAUGUUUACAACUUUUAAUAAGUGAAAAAUAAGCAAAUAUUAAAGGGGCGUUCAACAAGGCCAAAGAGUGUUUUUAAAUAAUUAUUGGGUUUGUUUUUAAAUAUAAGCAACUAACUAGUUUUGUUUUAUUGGGUUUGUUUUCAAAUAAUUAAACAGUCAUCUUACUUUUUUUCUCCGUCAUGGCCCAAAGAUGCAUCCCGGCCGGAGGAGCGUAGAUACGAGGCCUGUUAAACAACAAGGACUAACUCGACGAAGAGAAUCUCGCGUCACGGGCUCGAGACAAACCUCAAGCGGUGGAACUGGAAGAGCUGCCCUGCUCAACCGCCACCGUCGUUCACCGCCGUGGACGCUGCAUCCCCAAGGAGCUAACGAAGAGGCUGCAAUGUUCUUCCACAUAACAAACAAAAGAGGCUGCAAUGCAGAGGACGCGCACGGGCUGCAAGAUAAUACGGCCCACUGACUGCUCCAGGCCCAUCCAGAAGCGUACGUUGUAGUAAACCGGGUGUGAUGUUACGGCCCACUGUGAUAAUUUUCACACGCAUCCCCCGCGAAAAAAGGUUACACUCAAAAAACGACAAAGGGUUCAUGAGUUGAGUUAUUCAUCGAAAAUCAGAUUCUGAAA